ACAGAGCAAGAUCCCGAGGGCUGCGAGGGAAGGAGAGCCCUCCGCCCCUCCCCAAGGCGCCCAAGCUGCUCGGGCUCUGGCUGUGGGACAGAACCAGGAGCUCAGCUGUCACCUGGGUGUGAACCCGGCUCACUCCCUGGGCUGACACGUGACCCCAGGCAGUGGAGGAACUGCUGUCCCUCACCCUGAAGGGAGUCCUAGUGAGGUCUGCGUGUAUCUUCAGCCUGUGACACCACCUGCCUGCGACAGCAGCCCUUGUCCUGGCUUCCCGGAGCCCAGUGCUCAUCUCCCUGGAGAGCAGAGUCUGCUCCCCGGCUGAUUCCUGCCUUCUCCACACACGUGUGCUGGGAGUGUAACUGAGUCCUUCUUCAGUAUGUUUCUCAUACGUACAGAGUCUGGGGAAAGUUCACACCUCAGCAGUUCUCUGUGCUAAACAAGAUCUGGAAGUGAAAGGCCUGCACCGUGAGCACCUCUUGGAAUUGUAAGGCCAGAGGAACUUGUAUUGAUCUCAUGACGGCUCAAUAAAUUUCGUAUUAAAUUAUUUACUCAAGUUUCUCUUCCCUCAAGUGUGUAUACAUUUUUGGUAGCCUGUGUGUCUAUUUUGAUGUCUAUACUACUAUGAUUUCUCAUCUAGGUAUUCAUUUAGAUACCCAUGAGUCUAUCCACCAUCUCUGUGUCUCCUACACCUGGUAUUUCUGUACCUGUCCCUGUGUGAGUAUGUGUUCGUCUCUGUCACACGCACACGCACACACACAUACACACCUGAUCUCCAGACAUGUUCAGUCUCCUCCCAUGCAUUCCUCAGUAACUAUACACGAACUUCGGCUCCUGCACACUCACAAAGACCUCACCCACUGCAACGGCCUGGUCCCUGUACCACUCAUCGUCCUUCCUCAGCCCUGCACUGCCGGCUUCUCACCUCUCGUCCCAGCCUGGGAAGGAAUCCUGUGGAUCCCCCGUCCCAUCACUCUGCUGCCCCCACUGGCCUGGGCCCAGUGGAUAUUACGUCUCCUUACACUGUUGUCUGGUGCCUUCUUUUAUCUUCUUCCACACCAACCCCAGGACUUGCCCCAUCCUCAGCCUGGCUCCUGGGAUUCUAGUGAAAUGCGUUCAUCAACUCUGUCUUCGGUCAGAAGCCUGCGGUGGCUCUGCUGUCACUCACAGAGACUCCUGAGCACUGAUUCUGGGCCACAGGACACUGCAGGCACUGACUGCACUCUGGACCUCAUCCUUACACAGUCCCAUAUUGCACACGUUCUGCCCCAACCGGGGCCAGGUCAGCACACCCGGACUCUCCCCAACAACACAGUGCCCACAAUGGCUCCACCCUGCCCCCUGGACAUCCUUCACCACAGCACCAGGAAACGCCUCCUUCAACCUGCAACCCUCCUGGAACGCACUCCUUCAACUGUUCCCUUUGCACACUCCCCGCCCUUCCAUUCUCACACAUCCAGCUCCUCCUCUUACAGCACUGUGUGCACGCCAACAUGUUCCUUUUCAUUUCCUUCAGAGGACAAGGAUUUCCGGGUGUCCCCAGCACACAUAGCAAUGGUCCAGUCACAGGCAGGGCCGAUACACCUGCACUAAGUGGGAAUGAACUUUGCUCUCGGAGAAGCAAUGAGGGAACACGAGGAUCACACACACACACAGAGCUGAGAACACUGGCUCUGUGGAAAAACAGAGACAUGAGCACUGCCCAGCAGCUCUCGCCUCUGUGUGACCACACUUACGGCAGCGAGGCCCUAACGAUUUCACCGUCUGCUCUCUCUGUCCACUAAGAAACACCCUGUUGUUCUACUGUUUGAAAGCAGAGACGGGGGGCUGGGGAUUUAGCUCAGCGGCAAAGCGCCUGCCU